AUGGGCUUGGGACUAAACUUCCAUUGUGGCAUGGUAGGAGCCAGGUGCGACGGCGAUGCUGAACCGCAAGGCGAUGCCGAAAGCGGUCGAUCAAUUCCUGUGCUUCCUCCCAGCCGAUCGCAGCUCAACAAACUCUCUGUGGAAGAGAAGAGAGAUUUAUUCGAAAGGUAUGCAGUGCAGCGUCAAGAAGAGAGAGUGUCAAAGAAGCACAUCCACAAGAGCCUUCAAGAACUUGCUCCACGGAAGGGUCAGCAAGAGCGCUAUCGCGACAACAACGUAGUGACCAGGAAAGGCGAGCGCUUUGUCAAGGUAGAUGUGUCCCUCGACCCGGGCCCCGGCUGCGAAAUUGGCGGCAUUAUCGGGUGGCGCACCAAGCAAGGUCGACGUGGACUAGGCAUAAAGAAGAUGACCAAAGAAGAAGCGGACAAGAUUUGCAUUAGCAACAAGAACAGGAGCCACACGACCAAGACCAUCAGCGGAGGGGAGAAGAAGGUGACCUUUGAGACCAAGUGGUCUAGGCACACUGCCGGCUCAAUGCAAGCUGCCAGCGGGUCGAGGUGA